GCAGUCAGAAGACAAGGCAGAGAGAGAGAGAGAGAGAGAGUUUAAGGAUGGGAGCCAUCACGACCGCGGUGGUCGCCAUUGCGGCGGUGAUCCUAGGGUGGAUCACCAUCGAGAUCGCCUGCAAACCGUGCCUGGAGAAAGGCCGCAACGCCAUCGAUCGCGCCCUCGACCCCAAUUACGACCCCGAUUCCUCCAUCGUCCCAAUCCCGACCCCGACCCAGCCUCUCCUGGAUCCCAUUCCCCCACCUCCUCCCGCCGCCAAGGCUGUUUAGCGGAUCCACUGCUUAUUGUUCUUCUGGUAAGCAUUACAAUAUCAGUGCUCUCGGAUGAAAGACCCCCCUUUUCUUAUUCUUCUAUUUUUAUGGGCUUUUGGCUGAAGGUUUGUACUAUCGGAUUGAUGGAUCUUUGGUUUGCAUUUGUAUCCGAACAUAUUGUUUGAUGGAAUCAAUAUUGGAAGAUCCUUUUGCCCUGCA